AUGAGUACCUCGAGUCAAUCCUCAUCUCAGAAGCGCAAGAAAUCCACUGGUGGCAAGUCCAAUCGAGACGGGUCGAAGGAACAUGAUGAUGUUGCCAGUGAGGAGCUACUAAAGGACGGAGACGAGGACGAUGAAGGAUCCGAGAUCUCUGAAGAAGAAGAAGAUGCUGAAGACUAUUGUAAAGGUGGUUAUCAUCCAGUAAAGAUUGGAGAUGUAUUUAGCGAUGGAAGAUAUUUAGUAGUACGCAAGUUGGGAUGGGGUCAUUUCUCAACUGUGUGGUUGGCUCUCGACAAAAAGAUGAAACGACCAGCAGCUCUCAAGAUUGUAAAGUCGGCCCCUCAUUAUACAGAAACCGCAUUGGACGAAAUCAAAUUGUUGGACAAAGUCGUUACGGCCAAUCCUACUGCUACAGGAAGAAGGGCUGUGGUAGAGCUGUAUGACUGGUAUAAACACAAAGGACCUCAUGGAGUUCAUGUCUGCAUGGCGUUUGAAGUACUGGGCCCAAAUUUACUCACCCUCAUUCGGCAAUACCACCAUCGCGGUAUCCCCCUAUCUAUAGUCAAACGAAUAACGAAACAAGUUCUAAUGGGUCUAGACUAUCUACAUCGAGAAUGUGGUAUAAUACAUACCGACCUCAAACCAGAAAAUGUAUUGCUGUGCGUCAAUGUCAAGGAAACCAUGAAUCGGCUAGGAGUUAGCGACGACUCCUAUGUUGACGAAGAUAAAAUGGAUACCGAUGAUGCUGCUAGAAGUUCACCAAAAGGCUCCAACGAUAAUCUUACUGCAAAGCAGAAGAAGAAGGCCAAAUAUAGGGCCAAGAAGAAGGGUUUAAAAGCGGCAGCACAAGGAAGCAAUGACGAUGUUGAUAUGCAACCCCCACGAGCAUCACCACAAUCUACAGAUGCCAAUGAGCUGAAUUCGUCAAUAUCAUAUGGCAAACGAAUGUCGGAUCCAUACGCUCGUGAUGCUUCGAUGGAACCAGCACACCAUACGAAUCCGCUAACGCCGCCAUCCACUGACGUGCUCAUGGAAGAAGCAGAGCCAGAAGGAUCCGCUGUACCAGAAACGGUGUCAGAAACUCUGGUAUCAACCAACGACACAGAAUCAGUACCAGUGUCAAUAUCAACAAUAGUAGUAACAGAACCAGAACAACAAGUAGAAGAGGAGGAGGAGGAAGUGAGGGGAUAUGGGAAAUCCAUGUUUGAUAUUGAGUACCGAACAGAUGUUGGAGAGACAAAGCUCACACCGACUAGCAGCAAUAGUGGACUGGAAAGCAGAUCAACCAAUCAUAUAAAUGGAUCCGCACUUAAUCCCGCCAUCUCUACAAUAACAACUACUGAUGUCAUAAGAUCCAAAUCCACCGAAGCACUGGGUCGAGACCUGUCUGAUAUAUCAUUGAAGGAUCAGGACAAGGCAAAGGCUCUAGCAUCCAGGCAAGAUGCCGCAUCUUCGUCUGAUACAUCCUCAUCUAUUGGUAAACCUCCUAGUGGCGCUCUUAGUAGUGCUGCUCCUGUAACAGACACACAAACAAAAGCUCGAAAGCGACUAGAAGAACAAAGGCCGGCCAAAAACAAGUCUAUAGAUGACAUUGAUACGACUAGUAGUGGUACUAGUGGUAGAGAGGCCAAGAAAUCUUCAGCCGCCAAUUCUAGCAUACCAUCGGCAGAUUCAGAUCGUAAACGCCGGAAACGAGAUGAGGCUAGAGACAAGAGAAGAUUACAGGAUGAAAAGAUAAAAGUAAAAAUAGCAGAUCUUGGAAAUGCUUGUUGGGUGGAUCAUCAUUUUACCAAUGAUAUUCAAACUCGACAGUAUCGUGCUCCUGAAGCAAUCCUUGGGGCCAAAUAUGAUUCUAGUGCGGAUAUGUGGAGUUUGGGGUGUAUGGUGUUUGAGCUCUUGACGGGCGAUUACAUGUUUGAUCCUCAGGCUGGAUCUAGAUAUACAAAGGACGAUGAUCAUAUGGCUCAAAUUGUGGAAUUGCUAGGCCAUUUUCCAAAGUCUCUAGCCCUGUCUGGAAAGUAUAGUAAUGACAUCUUCAACAGAAGAGGCGAGUUAAGGCAUAUUCAUAAACUUCGGUAUUGGAAGUUAUCAGAUGUCUUGCAUGAAAAGUACCACUUUUCAAGAGAAGAGGCUGAGGGCAUAUCAGACUUUAUUCUGCCCAUGAUCGAAAUAAAUCCUGAAAAGAGGGCCACUGCACAGACAAUGCUGAAAUCCCUAUGGGUUUCUAAUGUCAUUAUCGAAGAUGCUGAACCACCUCAUAUUCACUCAUCAGUAUCUCGCCGUCAUCCUCAGGUCAAGAAUGAAGCCAUAGACGACAAUGACCAAGAUGACGACGAAGACGACGAUGAUGAUGAUGACGAGGACGAUGAUCAGGACGAUGACGACGAAGUACGAGAAGACGAAGAUGGUCGGGACGACGAUGACGACCGUGACCAAGAGGAAGGAGACGAAAGCCAUUCUAGAAGCACCUCUCUAAGUAAUAGUACACCCACAAUCAAUGUCGAUGCAGCAUCUAUAGCAUCCACUAGUUCGUUAAACGCCAAGCCAGUGGAUGGACAUGAACGAGAGACUGACACACACGGUAUUGGUUUCUCUGCCAACCUUAAUGAUUAUGGGAGACGAGAAUCUAGACACGAGAGUAUCGUUGCUCCUUCGUCCAGAGGAGAGUCGACUGAUGAUGUGCCCAUGACUGUUGGAAGUGGUGGUGGUAGCAGAUCGCCAACGUCGUUACCAUUAGGACCUGGCAUUACGUCUUCUAUAACUCAAGCGACUGCAGGCGGCACACUUCUCAAUUUUACAGUAGCCCAGGAACACAUCACUACUACCACUACCACAUCACCAGCAACACCACCGCUGAUUACUCCAACCUCAAAGCUUCCGACUUUUAGUAAUGAAGAUGUUAGUGCUAGUAACAUUGUCACAACUACAACCGACGCAACCACUUCAACAACAGCAGAGACUCCGGGUUCGUCCAAAAGGAAGCACCCAGACUCUGUCGACGACGUAUCACCAGACACUGAUAAAGGCAAAAGACCAGCUGUAGAAUCAGAAAACUCAACAGCACCACCAUCACAAUCGGUGUCCUCCUCACUAGACGAACUGCCAUUUAGACCUGAUAUAGCACCUGAGAACUCAGAACAGCAUAUUGUUGAGUACUCGGACUCUCAGAAGAAUAAAACAUGA